AACAGCGCUUCCUGCACCGUACCAGUUACAAUAUAUAAACUCAGCAGCAACUGCAGCACUCUCAGAUCGGCUUUAUAUAGCAGGGUUCUCUACAAGCUGCAUGCCACAGUUAUAUCCGGGCUCUGCUAAAACUGGAGGAUUUUGUACACAUUCUUCCAGGACAGACAGAAGGACGUCUUUUGGGUUGCAAUACAUGCUUCUGAAAUUUUACGAGGAGGCUAAAAAAUGAUGGGACUCAUGAGGCUGUCUGUAUUAAAAGCUCUUGUUAUGUGCAUCGCCUGUGGAGCAAGUACAUGGGUAGGGACCAAUUCCACUGAAACUUUGUCAGCACCAAGCAAUGUCACUGACAUCGGCUCAGCUUUGAAGCAUCAUUUGGACUCUGCGAAUAUCCCCAAAACUAGACGGAGGCGAUACAUUUCCCAGGACGACAUGAUUGCUAUUCUCGAUUACCACAAUAAAGUACGAGGCAAAGUCUUCCCACCAGCUUCAAACAUGGAAUACAUGGUGUGGGAUGAGAAUCUUGCAAAGUCAGCUGAAGCCUGGGCAGCCACGUGCAUUUGGGAUCAUGGACCUCAAUAUCUCUUGAGAUUCUUGGGCCAGAACUUAUCUGUGAGAACCGGACGCUACCGAUCCAUUCUUCAGCUUGUGAAGCCGUGGUAUGAUGAAGUCAAUGACUAUGUUUUUCCGUACCCUCGUGACUGUAAUCCCAGGUGCCCUCUAAAAUGCUAUGGACCGAUGUGUACACAUUAUACCCAGAUGGUUUGGGCCACUUCAAAUCGAAUUGGCUGUGCAGUCAACACUUGUCAUAAUAUGAAUGUGUGGGGAUCAGUAUGGAGAAGAGCUACAUACUUGGUAUGCAAUUAUUCACCAAAAGGGAAUUGGAUUGGAGAUGCUCCCUACAAAGUAGGAGUUCCUUGCUCAGCAUGUCCACCAAGUUAUGGAGGCUCAUGCAGCAACAACAUGUGCUUUCCAGGCGUCACCUCAAACUACCUGUAUUGGUUUAAAUAAGGUGUCCCAAAUUCAGCUCUCUGACAAUAAAAGGCUUAUCGUGAAGAUUUGCACAAAAAGUAUUUUGUAUAUAAAUUUCCAUUUAUACUGUGUUCAUCAUACAUUAACUAUUUUUUCUAUUGAACAUGCAUAACCAGAUCUUGAACCAACAUAAGAGAUUGGUCAAUAUGAGGUCCUGAAUCUCAGUUUAAUGACCUUCAGUGUUAUCUUUCAAACUAUGUUUAAUCACUGUUCCAAAUCAAUCCGCCGGAAAAGCCAUACAGUAAAUAUAGUAUUCAUUUACCUAUUUUCUGCUCAAUGAAAGGAAAACUCAGUCGUAGUACACACCCUCUGAAUGCUGUCUUUUAAUGUAGACUAAAGUAUGCUUCCUUGCUGUCCUAUGCGUUCAAUCUAUCCAUUUAAAUUUACUAUAGCAAAUAAGAGGUAAAAAACAAAAAAAUGAGAAUAGAGUUUGCUGGCAGUCGUAAUAUAGAGUAACCACAACAACAAUAGCAACUAGUUCUCUGGUUUGAAUGACAAAUUGUGGAACUCAAACAACAAACAGUAACUUUAUUCAGCAUGUCAUAACAACAACACAGACACGGUGCUCUGUUCUCUAACAAAGCCGGAAAGAGGCUUUGAAUAAACUUCAUGAACACACAGUUACUGAACAAACUGCAUAAUCAGCAUUAGCACAUGUAGGCUACUAGACAUUUUAAAUUACUAAAUGUUGUUUUUUUAUUUUUUAUUUUUUAUUUCACUAAUACAGUUUAGGGCCUAAAGGUAAAUACUGAAUCUUACACAAAUGCACAAACCUGCUCUCAAAUCCUAAUUAAAAAAUACAAAGUUAUCGGUACUUUUAUUCUUUUGCAUGUUUUACAAACAGUUCACAAACCAUCUUCAUUUUUGUGUACGAUGUACCUGAACUAAAAACACCUCCAUGUAAGUAGAAGAUUUUUUUUUUUUAGUAAUGAGGUAUUGUUUAGGCUAUUGGAAAUAUCCACGACGCAACACCGUCCAUCUCUAAGAUACUGAAACCUGAAGGUCACAGAUGGAAUUCUGAGCAAACCGCAUUGCUCAUGGAAUAUUGAGGAAAACAUUUGUGUUCAUUAGCACCAAAAACUUUCGUCGGGGCAAAGUAUUGAUUGGUUGGUUUUGGUGGAUAAAAAAAUUAAUUUGGACAAAUUGUGUCUUUGUUUAGUAUUUGCUGUCCAAUAGAUGAAUUGCGCUUUCAAUUCAGCAAGUUAAAAUUAAAAAGGCGGUACUUGUGCGGAUUGAUAUUAAAUUUGAUUCACAGGUGAAGCGGUGAUGUUUCAGCAGGCAUCUACUAGGGAUGGGCGAUUCCAAAAAUGUGCAAGUCGAUUCCAGAAUCGAUUCCUGCUCUGGGAAUUGAUUCUGAGUAAUAUCAUUUCGAUUCCGAUCCUUCAAAAAAUAUUAUUGAAACUUUAAAAGCAACAUAAUAUAUAAACUAUAUUUAGAAUGCCUUUAUUUUUGUUGUUAUCCAAGAUACUGUACUACAGCAGUAGCUUAACAUUAUGGUAACAGAAAUGCAGUAGUCUGCUUUAUGUUCAUGUAACUCAUUUAUACUAGAAUGGCAGGUUGAAUAGGCAAGUUCUUGAGUACAAUGCAAUUUUAUUGAUUAGAAAGGCGUAAAAAAAAAUGCAGGUAUGCCAUAUGUAGAAUACAGCUCUUGCUUGCUGGGUUGGUUACUCAAGCCCCCUGAGUGUCCACACCGGUGAACUCACUCAGCUGUGUGCCGGAACAAUAGUGUUUAAUUAAUGCCAACCAGUAUUUAGCCUAAUUCACAAAAACGUCUUAAUACCCCAGAUACAACUUACGAGUACUUAUUAACAAAAAGAACAUAGGAUAAAAUAAAAUGUAAAAUAACAAAAAUACAAUAACAGUAAUAAAAUAAAAACUAUAUUACAUUUCAGUUAAUUAUUAUGUGUAAAAUGAGUUGGAAUCGAUCCUGGUGCUGGAGUCGACUGUCUAUGUUGCCAAAAAUAGAAUCAAAUCCCAUACUUGAGAGAAAUGGAAUCGGGAAGCUUUUCUUUUGGGUUCAGCUCUCCAUCCCUAGCAUCUACUGUCUAUUAGAUGCCUGUUAUAGCUGGAAGCUGAUUGGCAGAUGGUAAUGAAUCGUUUUCUAAUGCUUAAUUGCUACCUUGUGAACCAUCUUGACCAUUUUAAGAUUAGCACAACCAGUGCUGGCAACAGCUUGAAUUUAACAUGAUAGGCAGGGUACCACCUGCAGCAUACAAAAUGGUAAAAGGUGCUUGUGUACUUAUAUUUGAAAUACUGUAACCAGUCUAAAGCUAUUUAUUCUGUAUCCCUUUGUUAAGGGUACCCUGUGGUUUUAUUGUAAAAUAGGAUCAUCAAAAUAGCACAUUUGUUCCUAUUAAUGCUUUCAGUCCUACCUGGAUAUGAAUUAUGAAUGGUUCAUCUUCACAUUUAGGACCAUCAUAUAAUAAUUUGUUUUGUAAAUGUUACUACACACAGUCUCGGACUAUGCAGAAAUUAUAAAUAAAAUAUAUAUUGGGGCAGUACUGUUAUCCUUAUGGUGCUUAAAUGUAUUUUUUUUUUGUUGUAACUGUUAUGUUCAAUAAUAUGUACACAUUUUUAAAUGUCAUUUUAAAUUAUUCUUAAACAGAUCGUUAAUACGCAUUCUGUGUAGACUGUUCUUUUUAUAGCUUUGAAUCCUAUUAGUUGCCAAUAAAAUGAAUCAAAGAGAAGAACUGUUUAUCUUUUUUUUGUUGCAUAUAGUGUAUACCGUACUUUCUGGGUAUAAAAUGUGGGUCCGGUUCUUGUGGAGCUAGUGUUUGUACAGUAGACUCUCACUAAUAAAAACUAUUUGGGACUCUGUACAGAGUAUUGAUUGUAAUCUGUACCAUACAAAACAUUCCUUGUCUAGUAUUUGUUUUUAUGUGACAUGACUGAUACUUAUAUUUCAUCAAUAAACAGUGAUAAACAAUUUAAUUAGAAAAAUCCAGAUAUGUUUUACUUAACAUACAAUUAUGAUUUACAAGUUUGGUUUGUAGUGUUAGUUCCAGUGUUUAGGUUAGCAAGAGUGUAAUGUAUAUUACUUUGCUGACACAGGCCACGAGCAUUAAAGGAGAUAUACUGUUUUUGUUACCUCUCUCUUAACUUUUUAUCAUGUUUUCAAUCAUUCUGACCGGUUCCAAGUUCUGAGUUUUAAUAUGAGAAAAAUAUCUAUUACUCAAUCCAACUGGUGGUUUUUGUGUAUUCUUUGGUUUCCAGGUCAGAUGGAGUCAGUAGAGUUGAAAUGUUACAAUAACAUAUGAUUUCUCCACAUCAGAAAGCACUAAAGUAAAUACAUAAAUACAUAGCAAAACCACUCAGUGCUAUGAGAAAGAUGGUAGCCAGUUAGAUUGAGCAGUAAAGAUAAAACCCACAAACCAUCACUAUUAGAACUACAAAACUCAUAACCAUUGUGAAUGAUUGCACACACCAGCAAUUUAAAUGGUAGCUAUACGUCCUGUACCUAGAAAAGAUAUGCUCUUUUUCAUGUUUAUAUUUGCACUUCGAGGGAUUUUUAAAAUAUAUGUGUUGUAUUCAUAAAACCUAGCGACUAGCGGUUUGUGUUUGUUAAAGGGUAUGUGCUAUACAUGCAUGAUGUUUUUAUAUCAUUCAAGGAGGUAUAGUAAUAUACGUUUAAUUAAAUGUUUUUUUUAAUGAAAAUGUUAUGAUAUAUUGAAUUUUGGAGAUACAAUAUAUGAGUCACUGUACAUGUGAGGCAGAUAGCCAUGUUCACAGCGUUUUAACGUAUGGGUUAUUUAAAGAAAAUAACUUUUUUUAUAAAUAAAAUUAAGUUUAAUGGUUAUGACAUUUCCCAAACUGUUAUUCCAAUAUUAUUCAAAUUGCUGCUGUACGAUUUGGGAGAUCACACGUGCUGUUUUAUUUAUCAAUAAAUUCCACAGCAUCAAUCUUUAAUCUCUCACCAAUUCACUAAGGCAUUUAUUAGAUCAAGCACCAUUUGAUCAACAUAGCCUUGCAAGACAAAACCAAAACAGUAAGCGUUGUUUUCUUUGUUUACUGUAAUUUCUAAUCUGUGUUCAAGAGGCACACAAUAAAGGAUGAUUUAUGCAAAGUGUUAUUGUCAUUUAUAUAAACAAGGAUUUACUUAAAUGACGUUUAUAUCCUGCUAAACAGCAGCACAUGUCAUAUAUUUGUAAAAUAAUCUAUAUUCCUCUGUUAGCACUGUACUGUUUAUUAAAAGUUUACACUGCUUGUGGUAUACUUGCAAGUAUGUAUGAAAUUAAACUACUAUUGUCAAACAAAUAAAAAGUGUA